AUGGCAACGGUGCGUGAGGUGGGGCCCCGCGCGUCGGGGUCGACGCAUUAUAUCGUGUGUGAGGUGCAGGGCCGGCAGUGUCUUGUCCCGCAGUCGCAUCCAAACAACUUGAACCUUACCUUUUUCGUCACGCUGGACCCGCAGAGUGGGCGGCAGUUGUACGUCAACGUCGCGACAAACGCCAAGUCGUGGGUGCUUCCCGACAUUGAGGCGGAGGCCGCGGUUGACCCGUCGCCGAAGGACAGCGACGCGACCCCAUCCCCGCCAGCAACAGUGACGACCUCCGGGACAAGCUACGAAUUGACACCGUGUGACGACGGCGAGCGGUAUGUUCCGCAGAGGCUGCCGUUUGAGCCCUUGCCGAUGCAUUGCUGGCGGCCGGUGUGGGAGGCCUCGGAUGGUCACUUUGUCUACGAAAACUGUGAAACUGCUGAACGAGCGACGAAGCUGCCGCCCCUUGAGCACUACUGCGACGCGGUGCGGCAGUUGUACGGGUUCUACAAGAUUGAAGGCUCAUACAUUGACGCCAUUCGCCAACACUUCGGCAGCGAGAGGCGGCUGGCCGAAUCACUUUCGAUUCAGUACGGGCCAAUGCCUCUGAGGAGCGAGGAGGCCAUGGAGGUGGCUGAGUGCUACUUCCACCGGUACGACAAGUCCAUGUUGGCUGGGACGGACAACCUGUUGGAGAAGUGGCGCGGAAACGAGAUUGCGUUCCUGGAUGCGCUAUGCAAGAAGUACGGUAAACGCCCACGCACCACGCGUGAACGUGUGCGUGCCAUAUAUGCCCAGCGCGACCCAGCCAAGAUGCUCUACUGUGAUGAACAGGUGGAUCAAUACAAGAAGCGGGAGGAGGAACUUCUGGAGGUGUUGGAGUGUCAGUUUGGUCCGGAACUUAUCAAGGAGACUGAGCCCAUGGAAGUCAUCACGCAACGUGUGCGCUGUCAGCUUCUCAAAUACGACCCUGCACGUGCCGCGGAGGCGGAGAAACUGCUUAUGAAACACAUGGGCGCUGAGGUGCAGUUGCUCGAGCUUCUUGUUUGCCACUACGGCCCCGAGGUGGGCCCCGCAGAGAGGGAGCAUCUUCUCAAGAGCCUUGCGCAAACGAUGUGGGGCGACGCCGACGACGCAUGUGGAGAGAACCAGGAAGUCACUGACAAAGAACCGUUGGUGAAGGAAGCAACUGCAGCAGCAAAAGAGUCUGCGGCUCUGACAACAGAGAUGAAUGCAGGGAAUUGCACUUCCGACAACAUGCCUUACGAGAGCCGCAUCGAAAACGCCUUGAAGGGUCCUGUAUCACGCAUGAGGUUGUUUGCGGAGGAAUUGGCGCCAGCACUAGUGCCACGUGUCGCCAUGCCGAGCAACGGCGUGACGUUGGAAGUGAAGACAAGUGCUGAAACCAACACGCCUAAGGCGCCUUCACAUACAGCUGCGGUUGAAGCUGCGUUUACAGCCUUGCCCGAACCAGAUGACACGGUGUGGCGUCCGCGGCGUACGCCCUCUGCGGCGCAGGACGGCGCCUCUUUUCCACCGGACGCAUCUCUGCAUGUAGGUAGGGUGUGGAGGAGGCAUGCGGAGAUUCUGGAGGUUGAGCGCAGAUUGCGUGAUCGGGAGUUCCAAAAGCAACAAAAGUGCAUGCAACUAGAGGAAGAAAGGCUGGCAAGAGAGUUUGAGGCACAUCAGCGCCUUGUCGCGUUUGAAAGCGAGCGACGUUGGAAAAAGGAGGCGACGAAAAUGAUGGAGUUUGCAGAGAGCGCCGCAGUACACACAGUACAGGAACUCACUCGCCUUCAGCCACGUCAGGACGAUGCGUCCGGCAGCGAGGAGCGUGCCGAGGAUGUCGCUCGCCAAAAAAAGUACUGUCAAGCUGUCGAGGCCUUGAAUUCCGCCAAUGGUGCCCUUGUGGGACAGUUUGCUCAGAUGAAAGUCCAACUGGGGGAAGCCCUCGCCUCUGUCAAGAGUUACGCUGAACAAAAUGAAAGGCUUAGGGCUGAAAAUGUGCAGAUGGCAAACAGGUUUGUGGAUGUGCAGCGCCAGUACGAACUGGAGCUGCAGGGAAUGCGCAUGCAUCUUGACGACACGCGUGUGCGGGCUACCACGAGGAUCAGUGAGCAGGAGGUCAAACUGCUCCACCUGAAGAAACAGGAGGAGGAGAGAGUUGCCAACGUGCUUCGCGAGCUGGAGCGUGAGCGGGACAACACCGCUGCUGCAAAGGAAGCAUGGGAGCGUGGGAAGGCAGAGGCGCAGGCAAACAUUGCUAGCUUGCGACAAGAACUAGCAACAACGGCGGAGGAGCGAGAAUGUCUCAAGGCGACACUCGGUUCUCGCGAGGUCGCCCUCAGAGCGCGCACGAAGGAGUUGGAGGAGCUCUACGAUGCUAUGGGGCGGCAGAGGGCGGCAAGAAGCGAGGUGGAAAGUCAAACGGAGGCGCUUGACUUUGGUGUUGUGCCCGCAGAAGUGCAUGCCUCUGCGGAUUCUUUUUCUGCCUGUCUCUCCACACAACUCACUCACUCGGUCAGUAUCCCGCCGGAGGUGAAAAACUUGCAGAAGGCUCUUAGCGAGAGCCAGCGGACGGUGCUGGAAUUGUUAGCUGAGGGGAAUAAAAAGGCGGCGGAAUGUGAACAGGCCCAUGCCGUUAUUGGGAUGCUGCGGCAGCAGGUGAGGUCGCUAGAAUCCACAGUGGAGAAACUUGAACUACGGUACUUGGCGGUGCCUGAUAUUCCCGAGUGUGCCACACCGCAGGAUGUCGCCGUUGCGAACCUCAAGGAUGAUCUGCUGAAGGUGGGGAACCAGCUGCUCAAGACCGAUGCGGAGUCCACACAGCUUAAACGUGAGAUUAGGGGUUUACGAAGCCUGCUUUCUCUUUACAUGUCCAAUGCGAAGAAGUAG